AUGGAAGACGUGCCUACCAACCCGCCGCUUCAGGUAGCAGCUGCCAAUGGGGAGACCACUAUCAAGCGACGCGAGAGCUUCGUCUCGCAGGACUCGCAAACAGCCUCGGAUUUUAUUAAUGAGCAGCUGAGACUGGAGGCCGAUGCGCGGGAAGCCUUGCCUUAUUCAUUCGACAACUGCACACGACCUCUUGGAGCACUUCGACAAAGCCUAUUCUCUUGCAUAACAUGCAAUCCCCCUCCCAACGAUACAACGGCGCCCUAUAUCCCCGCAGGAGUUUGCUAUUCAUGCUCGAUCUCUUGCCAUGGCGAGCACGAACUGGUUGAACUAUUCACCAAGCGCGACUUUGUCUGUGACUGUGGAACUACAAGGCUACCGUCCACGUCGCCCUGUGUCUUGAGGGCGGACCCAGCCACUGGGGAGAAGGGUAUACACUCGGAGGAGCCCUGCGGGAGCAAUAAGUACAACCAGAACUUUCGAAAUAGGUUCUGCGGCUGCGGCGACACAUACGACCCGCACAAAGAGAAGGGGACAAUGUUUCAGUGUCUUGGUAUCGGCUCAGUUGAAACUGGUGGCUGCGGCGAAGACUGGUGGCACCCGGAAUGCUUAAGGGGACUGCCUCGCGUGGUCGCUAAUCAAGAAGACGAUGAAGAUCCGCCUUUUCCCCCUGGAUUCCCCGAUGAGGAUGAUUUCGAAACUUUUAUUUGCUAUAAAUGUUUGGAUGCCAAUCCCUGGAUUAAGCGGUAUGCAGGAACCCCCGGGUUCUUGCCGCCAGUCUACCUCGAAGAGAAACAGUCAAACCCCUCAGAGAAUAUAACCACAGAAAAAGAAGAGCUCACAAGCGAAUCACCUUCAACACUGGCGAAAAAGCGAGGACUUGAGGACGAUGAACACAAUGAACCAGAGUCUAAACGGGCAAAGAAAGACCCUUCAGAGAAACUAGAUAACACUGACGAGCCCAGCAAUUCACCAGUUAAACCCAAGGAAAUGCACGAAUUACUUCCCCCUAACGGCCCUAAGGGGAAGUUUUCUCUUUUUGUCAAAGAAGACUUCCGAGACCACCUGUGUCGAUGUGCCGAAUGCUUUCUCAAUCUUAAAUCUAACCCUCAACUGCGUGAGGAAGAAGAGGUUUACGAACCCCCACUAUCCGAGGAUGGUGAUGGACAAAAUGGUAACAACAGCGCUGGUAGCAUCCAUACAGGCAGUCUCCUUGACAGAGGGGAAGCUGCACUCAGCAAUGUAGACCGUGUCAAGGCAAUCGAAGGAGUGAUGGUUUAUAAUCACCUGCGAGACAAAGUGAAAGAGUUUUUGAAACCUUUUGCGGAGAGCGGUAAAGCCGUGGGCGCAGAAGAUAUUAAAUCUUACUUUGAGAAGUUGAGAGGCGAUGACCAGGCAAUCCAGGAGGCUGGUGGGAAAGCUUCCGCUUCUCGAAACGAAGACGACGGCGGUGCUGACAACAACGAUGGUGACAGCCGAAGAGAACAGAAUGGUAUGUAG